AUGGAAUUACUGAAAUAUUUUCAACCUUUUGAUGAUAUUCUAAUUUACUGGCCAGCACUUGUAGUUGAGUUCACGGUCAAAAAAACUGUAGCAGUGGUGCCCGAGAACUGGUACAGUGACGGCGUGACCUGUUGGCCGAAUUAUAAAAGUGAUGCAAGGGUGAACGGGGCAGUAAAAAACGCAGAGGAGCCGGGACCUGACUGGGAGACAUAUGAUGUCCGAAUUCUUAAAUCAAGUGAUCAGUACUUCGAGGCAAGACAACAACUAAUUAAGUUGCUGUCAUGCCACACUUCCGACCUGCAGACAGAAGAGGAGGAAGAGGACGUGCGACCCAAGAGGAAGCCAAAGGCGAUUCAUUUCUUGGGGGAUUCUGAUGAUAGUGAAGACGAACAUCCAAGAAAGAAAUCCAGAAGCCAAUCCAAAACAUCUAUACAGCCACCAGCUCCUGCUAUCCUGCCACCACCAUCUCCUGCUGUUGAACCACCACCAUGCCAACAACAAACCUUGUCUGCAAGCCAGGUGCACACACCUGCCUGGCGAGGGAGAAGGUUUGACUCGGGCACCCUUCCCUGCUCUGCCACAGAAGCCCAGAUUUUGGACUUGCUGGAGCAUCUAAAAAAACAGAUGGAGCAACUAGAAGCCAAGGUUAAUUAUUUAACCUGGGGGAGUACAGGGAGGUGGAGUGUACAGUCGGUAAAGACGGCUCUCCCUUGCCCUGCCUCCAACAUGCCUACAUCUAAAUAGGAUAGAUUAUCCAGAGUUAUCUCUGUAGUUAUGCUGCUAUAGGCUUAGACUGCUGGAGGACACACUGACCACUUCUCACACUCUACUGCUUUCUUCUACAAUCUGCUCUUUAACUGUACUAUUUUGUCCAAUUUCAGCUGUUAACUUUAUUUUCUCUGUAAGUGUUUUUCUCCCCAGAAGAAGCUACAAUGACGCACUGCUGAGCUGUGGUGGCCUCAUGGAGGGGGCCAUCGACUAGUACACUGCUGCUAACCACUAAAACAUUCUCUCUCUCCUGAUAAUAACUUUUUGGUUUCCUUGACUUUUGAUGUGCUAAUACUAGUUUAUCCGUUUAAUUAGAGAUCCACUAGGAUAAAUACAAUAAAGUUUAUCUUUCACCAAAUAGAAUAUUUACUAAGACAUCACAAUAUAACUAUAGACACAUUACUUGUCCGUGUGUGUGUGUGUGUGUGUGUGUGUGUGUGUGUGUGUGUCUGCUCUGUCUUCUCGAUCCCCAGUGAGUCGUGGAGGAUGGCUGCUUAUACUGAGCCAGGAUCCUCUGGGGGUUUCUUCCUGUUAAAAGGGAGUUUUCCUCUCCACUGUUGCUUUAUGCUUGCUUGGUAUGAGGAUUGCUGUAUAGUCACUGACACUAGUCAGUGACUUGAUGCAAUUUGCUGGGUUCCUUAUAUAGGAAACAUUUCUGAUUGGCUUAAUGAACUGACCUGAAUUGGAAUUUUUAUUAUAUGAAGUGCCUUGAGAUGACUCUUGUCGUGAUUUGGCGCUGUAUAAAUAAACUUGAAUUGAAUUGAAUUGAAGCUGGAUGCAACUCCCCAGGAAAUGCAGGUGCAGAUUCCGGUCCAGUUGCCAUUAACUUCAGUGGAGGAAGUGAACCCUUUUGAGAACUGGCUCAAAGAUGCUGCACAUUCCCAGCUGAAGCAGAAGUUGAUUUCCUCGCUGGCAGCUUUUGGGGGCCAUGACACCAAACGCAUAACGUGGAACAUCCUGGCACACAUUUUCCACGAUGAUGUUGGAAAGCUGAUUAAUUGGAAAGGUGUCAAUGGGAAGAAGUCUUUCAACCAGAUGUCAUCAAAAACACUGCUCCUGCAUUCUGUGAGAAAAAAUCCCAUCUCCUGCGCUUCCACUGACCACGACAUAUGUAAACAUGCUAUCCGCUGGUUUAACUUGGCAGCAGAUUGAGACUGCUCAAGGCGACGUAGUGGUACACAAGAAGUUCAACCCGCUGACCAGCAUUCAUCUUUUUAACACAAAUUACAGUCUGGUACAAUUUUUUAAUACUGUUUGCGUUACUAUUGUUAUACUUUGCUUGCACAUGUAACAGACAGUUUUUUUAUACAGUUUGUAUUACUACAAAUAAAUAUUCAUCAAAAUAC